UAACAUUAAGAUUUCCCUUCACUGGAACUAAGGGGGCUGGACCGAACCAAGAAAAACAGCCCCAGACUUCCUGUUUCCAUCACAGCUGUCGUGAUUUUUUGUAUAUGGUAUGCUUAAUCGAAUAAAAACUGUGGAUGAAACGUGGUUAGUGACACUUCUCCGAGGCUUUUAUUUCGAAACUUAAAAAAUCCGUGACCCGGAAGGACUUUUUUUGUGUGUUGCUGACGAGUCGCUGGUCCAUGUGUUGUGGUAGCUGACAUCAAGCUAACGUUAGAAACCUAUGUUUAGAUAAAAAUGAGUUCUCAAAAGGGCAACGCAUCGCGGUCGCGAGGGCAAAAGCACCAAAACACGACUGCUUACAAGAACGACAAAUAUGGAGCAAGUGUUCAAGUAAAGAUAGCAAACUCGAAGGUCCACGACGGGUUAUGUCAACGCUGCAAGGAAGUUAUUGAGUGGAAAGUCAAAUACAACAAAUACAAAUCCCUUUCCCAACCUCGAACAUGUGUGAAAUGUUCUCAGAAGACGGUGAAGGAUGCAUAUCACGUCAUUUGUAAAACCUGUGCCCUGAAGCUGGAGCUUUGUGCCAAGUGUGGGAAGAAAGAGGACAUCGUAAUUCCGGUUAACACACAGAAGCAGGAAGAGGAGGAAUACACCAAUCAAAAGAUGACCGGACGUACUCGGAGGAAGGAGGACUUCAAUGAGCUUGAUGAUGACUUUGGUGACUUGGGCAGUGAUGAUGAUGACUUUGCCAGUGACUCGGGUCCUGAGAAGGCAGGAAGCGGCAAGGCCCUUGUCCCUAAUGUGGCACAUGUUACUUUCAAAGACUAAAGACUGCUAAACCAGGAUGAUCCUAAAUGUACCUCCUAUCCAUUUUAUUAAUAUACUUAUCCUCUGAUUAUACAUACUUUUGCUAAGAAGACUCAUCACUAGAUUUAUUCACUCUAAAAUACAAUAGCCAACUUGUGUUGGGACGUUAAAUGGACAAACCCCACUUUCAAUGAACUGUUUUGUAGUAAAUCCUAUGAGAGCAAUUUUUGUCAUGCUUUGAUGGGUUUAAGGAAGCAUUAUCUUGUUUUGUUUGUGAAGGAAUAUUCACAAGCACUACUGGAUUGAAGUCAUUAUUGUGCCCCAGCAGCUGUUUUUGAAUUUUUCCAGAUACAGAAAUACACACGUAUGUACACAUCUGCCAAAAUAUACAUUUUGAGAAAAUAGUGAUUAUUUUGAUUUAUUCUGACAAUGUAUUUUGAGUAAUAUGCAUUAUUUCAGCUGAAUGCUUUCCUCUGUAGGCCAUAGUGGAACAUCUUCUCUCAGAUUUCUCCCUUUUUAGAGCUACAAGUAGACCAUAGUCUUUAUGGUGAGUCGCACUAACUUGUUACCACACUAUUAACAUAAUUAAUUGAUGAUCUCAGUGGGUUUUAUUUAGUGCCUUUGGUAAUGCCAGUUUUGUUCUGCUUAUUCAAACACAUGAUCUAAAGUCCAACGACCUUAGUGCUCCUCCUGACUUAAAGGAAUAGUUUACCCAAAUAACAAAACAAAAUGUGUUUCCUUACUUUGAAGGCGUAGUCUGUCAUGCAUAGAUUGCUUAAAGAUACUACAAUGAUUAGUCUGUAGAUGCUGCCUCAAAUGUCCAGAGUGCACGCUUUGCUACUUUCGAAAAAUGUCUUAAUUAUUUAUAUGCAGAUAUCAAAAGUAUGCCAAACAUAUAGGGCUCCCGAGUGGAGCAGCGGUCUAAGGCUCUGAAUCUCAGUGCUAGAGGCAUCACUACAGACCCUGGUUCGAUUCCAGGCUGUGUCAAACCCGGCCGUGAUUGGGAGUCCCAUAAGGUGGCGCACAAUUGGCCCAGCAUCGUCCAGGUUAGGGCUUGGCCGGGGUAGGCCGUCAUUGUAAAUAAGAAUUUGCUCUUAACUGACUUGCCAAGUUAAAUUGAAUAAAAAAAUAUACCUUUUUUCUAUGAAUUGAAUUUCAAGAAGAUCCUAAACAUAAUAAACUUUGGGCCAAACUCGCAUGGAAUGCCCCCCCCCGAGAUUAAGACAAGUGUAUCAAUCAUAUUUCCUUUCUGCGUGAGGUGAUCUGCGUCUUUCUAUCAACUGGAACGUCUGUGGUUUAGGGCUGAAGCUGCGCCUGUUUGAAAUUGUCUGGAUUACGACAUAGAAGUUGCUUAAUACAAUUGUCUUCAGGUUUAUUUCAUUUGAAGAUGUUAGCUAAUUUACUUGGCCUAUUGGGACAUUAUAUAAAGCACUAUUAAUCAUUCGUAUCCUAACAAUCUCUUGAUAGUUUCAACCAUAUUUUGAAGCAAUACAUUAGGCCUAUUUUUAAAAUAGAUAUAUUUUUUACAAACACGAGUAAAACAACGUUAUGAUGUGGUUAGUCAUAUGAACUUGUGAUAUCCUUCUGAAACUAAGUGGCUACCAUUGUGGUGUUUUUGAAAUUAAGGAGUAGGCCUUUAAUAAAAAUGUUUUACCAUUUU